CUUUUAAUUGCUGCAGAUGAACUUUUAAUUCAAAGACUUGUCGACUUUAUUCAAGACUUUUUAAUCAAAAAUCGACAUAAAUUCUUACAACAAAGUCCCGUUAAAAUGGUCCAUUUUAUUGUCCAUAAUAACCAAUUCGAUAAAAUUAAAGAAGCUUAUUUGGAGAAAAUUUGCGAAAAUCCCAAGUUACUAUUUGAUUCGGUGGAAUUACCUUUUUUAGAGGAAGAUGCACUAAAAGUAAUUCUUAAAUGUGAUAACCUUGAUAUGAAGGAAAGCAUUAUCUGGAAAAAACUAGUUAAAUGGGGAAUCGCUCAGCAUACAAUGCUUGAAAAUGACAUGAUAUGUGAAGACACUAAUAAUGAAGAAAUUAAUACAUUAGAAGAGACAUUACGUGAAUUAAUUAAGCACAUUAGAUUUUAUCAGUUUGAACGUCAGGAAUUUAUUCCUGAAGUAUGGGCAUAUAAGCAUCUCCUUCCUGACAAAUUAACUGAAGAUGUACUACGUUGUUAUUUGGAUUCAAAUGCUAAACCAUUAUACUACACAUAUCCAAUUAGAUGGGGCAAUUUUAAAAUCGACUCGGUAUUAAUGAAUAAACAGGCUGCACUAGCGUUGGCGAAGUUGAUAGAUAAAGAAUCUGCAGAUGGUACUACCUCAAAGGGAUCUCGAUAUCAUUUUAAUCUUCUUUAUCGAAGUAGCUUAGAUGGUCUUUCAGCUCAAGUAUUUCAUCAAAAAUGCGAUAAAAAAGGGGCAACAAUUGUUGUAGCGAAAACUUUAAAUUCAGGUGGACUGAUUGGUGGUUAUAAUCCACUUGACUGGAAUGGAAACAAUGUAUGGAAACAAACAACGGACAGUUUCUUAUUUAAAUUAGAUUGUGUUAAAAGCCGCGUAAGUGCAAAGAUCUCACGCACUAGUGAAGAUACUAGUGACUAUGCAAUUUAUUGCAGUAAAGAUUAUGGUCCAAGUUUCGGAGAAGGCCCCGAUUUACGCUUUAUAGAUGACCAUUAUACUUUGAAAUGUAAAGCAAAAUCCUACUCUAAAAUAUCAACCUUGG